AUGACUGAGGAUGGAUCGAAAGAGAACAAGCUUGCGAGUUGUUGUAUUUCACACGAGUUCUACAAAGCGGCUGCGAAAUCUCCCAACAAAAUCGCUGUUGUUCAUGCGUAUGGCGGCAUAAAAAUUGCAAGAGAGUUUCGCAAAUUCUACAGUAACAAUGGCAAUCAAACGACAAUUUCUAAUGUUAGCGAUGAUUCAUCAUUCUUUGAUGAAUUCUUUGCCAGCAAGACGUUGCCGUCCCAUCCUCUGGUGUACGAAGGCGAUCAGUGUUUCACGUACUCGGAGAUUCUCUCUUCCGUUGAUUCCCUUAGCUUUCGGCUCCGGCGCAUUCUCGAUGGUGGAGAUGNUUGCCAUAAGCUGCCAGCAGCACCACUGCGUGGCAAUCUCCAUCUUCCUCGUUUCGCGGGGUGCUCCAUAGAAGGACAUAAAGCAGAGAAUACCUACUCUUUGGCACAAGCGUAUUCCAUCAACAGGCUUGUUGCUGUUCCAUCAUUGAUGAGGGCAAUACUUCCUGCUUUGCAAAGCGCAUAUAAUAUGGGGGUUCAGAGCUCCUUAAACUUACUAGUGCUAAGUGGUGAAGUUCUAUAUCUGGAUUUAUUGGGUAUGCUUGUGAAGUUAUUACCCAAUAUUGCUAUCUUGAAUUUGUAUGGAAGUACAGAGGUGUCUGGCGAUUGUACAUAUUUUGAUUGCAAGCGGUUGCCGUUGAUCAUGGACAGUGAGAAACUAAGCAGUGUUCCAAUUGGUUUGCCUAUCUCUAACUGUGAUGUAGUGCUUGUUGGAGAAGAUGCGCCAAAUCAAGGAGAGAUAUAUGUCAGUGGACUCUGCACAUCUGUGGGAUACUUUUGUUAUUCUUCUAUUAUGCCACUGGACCACAUACUGCUACCUCAAGAAUCUUAUUUUGGCUGUUCCAGCAGUGUGCUUAAAAGUCAAUACUAUUUUAGGACUGGUGAUUUUGCCAGAAAGCUUCAAAGUGGUGACUUGGUUUUUUUGGGCAGAACAGACCGCCGUAUAAAGGUUAAUGGCCAGCGCANACUCUUAUUUUGGCUGUUCCAGCAAACAGACCGCCGUAUAAAGGUUAAUGGCCAGCGCAUUGCUCUUGAGGAGAUUGAAAGCACGCUAAGGGAGCAUCCAGAUGUAGUUGAUGCUGCAGUGAUUUCCCGUAAUGGUCAAGGGGAAGUCACAGUUCUUGAAGCAUACUUGGUGACAAAACUGAAGGAUGAAAGUGGAGAAGGUCUGAUAUCCUCAAUUAGAAGUUGGAUGAUCAACAAAGUUCCCCUGGCAAUGAUUCCUAGUCACUUCUUCUUUACCCAAUCAUUCCCCAUGUCCUCCACAGGGAAAGUGGAAUACACAUCACUGGCCAGUUCAACACGUCCCAUGAGACAUGUCAGAAAUGAGAUUGAAGAGAGUGACCUCUUGCAAGUUAUAAAAAAGACCUUUUGUGAUGUUUUGAUGGUUGAGAACGUCUCUGAUGAUGACAAUUUUUUCGAAAUGGGUGGUACUUCCAUUUCUGCUGCGCAUGCUUCCUAUAAUUUAGGAAUAGAUAUGAGGUUGCUAUAUGCAUUUCCAAAUCCAUUGAAGCUUCAACUGGCCCUUCUGGAAGAGGAAAGGUUGAGCAAUCAUGAUCUAAGAAUUGAUGCUUAUUUGGGAGUGGAUGUGAAAAUGCUUGAUGGUGGCUCACUUCUCUCUUUUGAUUCUAGGACUUCUGAUAAUUAUAGCAGUAAGCCACGUGGAAGGUUGUUUAGAACCCUCUCUAACAUCAAUCCUGUUUACCCUACCAAAUACUUGAAGAUGGAUUCAAAUUCGUGCAUGAAGUUAAAGGAUGAAAGGCCUAAAGAUGGCUAUUUUUGGGAUCAAAGCUCAAUACACAUGGCAUGUUCAUUUAGCCGGUGCAACAACAUUGUGCAUGAAGGGGAGUAUGAGGGGAAUACUUUAUGUCAUGCAGUUUGGUCACUAAAAAUUCCAAGGGACCAAAAAGGUCGUAUGAAAAGGUUGUGGCAAGUGCACAUGGAGUCCUGUGUUGAUGCGUCACCACUUGUUGUGUUUAAAGAAAGGGACAUCCUUGUAUUUAUUGGAUCUCACUCGCACAAAUUUCUAUGUAUCAAUGCCAAAAGGUGA